AGAUGGCGGCCUCCGCACUCCCCUCCUCCCCAAGAACCCCCUCCUGGUCCCCAAAAGAAAGACAAGGACAUCGCGGUGCCGACGCCGAGAUCCGGGAACCUCCGCGAGGCCUGCGGCCACUCCCGAGCCCCGGGGAGAUGACUUCACCUCGCGGAGCUCAGAGAGCCGGGGGCGGGGCCGCCAGAAAGCGCAGACAGCCCUCAGCACGCAGCGGGCGGAGGCCCGGCAGCCUGCGCCCUGCGAGCCAUUGUUCUCCGGCCUGGGCCAGGAUCACCCUUCUCUCAGCCCGUGGACAGGAAGUCGCUCCCCAGCCGCCCCGCCCCGCUCCCCAGCGCCCCGGAAGUGAUCUGCGGCGGCUGCUGCAGAGCCGCCAGGAGGAGGGUGGAUCUCCCCAGAGCGAAGCGUCGGAGUCCACCUCCUCCUCCAGCCGCCUAAGCUCAGCCACCACCCGUCAGACUCCUCCUUCGACCGCUCCGGGCGCGGGGCCUCCCAGGCGACAAGGGCCGUGUACCCUCCUGGCGGAGCCACGCAGCCGCGGCUUCCGGAGCCCUCAGCGCGGCGGACUGGCUCGCCGUUCAGAUUCUUCCUAAUCCUUUGGGGAAAACUUCGACACGAGAUGGCUGCAAAUAAGCCCAAGGGUCAGAAUUCUUUGGCCUUACACAAAGUCAUCAUGGUGGGCAGUGGUGGUGUGGGCAAGUCAGCUCUGACUCUACAGUUCAUGUAUGAUGAGUUUGUGGAGGACUAUGAGCCUACCAAAGCAGACAGCUAUCGGAAGAAGGUAGUGCUGGAUGGGGAGGAAGUACAAAUCGAUAUCUUAGAUACAGCUGGGCAGGAGGACUAUGCUGCAAUUAGAGACAACUACUUCCGAAGCGGGGAAGGGUUCCUCUGUGUCUUCUCUAUUACAGAAAUGGAAUCCUUUGCAGCUACAGCUGACUUCAGGGAGCAGAUUUUAAGAGUAAAAGAAGAUGAGAAUGUUCCAUUUCUACUGGUUGGUAACAAAUCAGAUUUAGAAGAUAAAAGGCAGGUUUCUGUAGAAGAAGCAAAAAACAGAGCUGACCAGUGGAAUGUUAACUACGUGGAAACAUCUGCUAAAACACGAGCUAAUGUUGACAAGGUAUUUUUUGAUUUAAUGAGAGAAAUUCGAGCAAGAAAGAUGGAAGACAGCAAAGAAAAGAAUGGAAAAAAGAAGAGGAAAAGUUUAGCCAAGAGAAUCAGAGAAAGAUGCUGCAUUUUAUAAUCAAAGCCCAAACUCCUUUCUUAUCUUGACCAUACUAAUAAAUAUAAUUUAUAAGCAUUGCCAUUGAAGGCUUAAUUGACUGAAAUUACUUUAACGUUUUGGAAAUUGUUGUAUAUCACUAAAAGCAUGAAUUGGAACUGCAAUGAAAGUCAAAUUUACUUUAAAAAGAAAUUAAUGUGGCUUCACCAAGAAGCAGAGUUCAACUUAUUUCAUAAUUGCCUACAUUUAUCAUGGUCCUGAAUGUAGCGUGUGAGCUUGUGUUUCUCGGGCAGUCUUUCUUGAAAUAUUAAAUAAAGAAGUGAGAUGGGGUGGGGAGUAGGAGGAAAGGUGACUUCCUCUGGUGUUUAUUAUAAAGCUUAAAUUUUAUAUCAUUUUAAAAUGUGUUGGUCUUCUACUGCCUUGAAAAAUGACAAUUGUGAACAUGAUAGUUAAACUGUACCACUUUUUUAACCAUUAUUAUGCAAAAUUUAGAAGAAAAGUUAUUGGCAUGGUUGUUGCAUAUAGUUAAACAGAGUAAUUCAUCUGUGAAUCUGCUUUAAUUACCUGGUGAUUAACUUAGAAAAGUGGUGUAAACUUGUACAUGGAAUUUUUUGAAUAUGCCUUAAUUUAGAAACUGAAAAAUACCCGGUUAUAUCAUUCUGGGUGUGUUCUUACUGACACCAGGGGUCCACUGCCCCAUGUGUCCUGGUGAGAACAUAUAUGCCCAGCAUGGAGUACAGCUUUUGUAUAGAAGAUUCUUGAGAAGUAACUGUCCAAAUUUAAAAUGUGUGCCAUACUCUGGUUCUUGAAAAUAAGAUUCCAGAGCUCUUUGAUCGCUUUUAAUAAACUGCAAGGUCAUUUUAAAUGAAGGGCCAGCAUAUACUUAUAAGAUCAUUUUCAACUGCGAGGAUUCAGCACCAGUUACUUUGGAAUGAACCCUCCUUUUCUCUAAGAUGCUGGUCCCUGGAGAUUACUUUCUGCCAGUGGUGAGCAUGUAAGUGUUAAGUUUUUAAUCUCCUGGGAGCAGGGCACAGGAAGAAAAUGUCAGUAGUGCUAAUGCAUUUUGCACUAGAACACUUCGGGGAAAAUAUUCAUGCUUGCCAUCUGUUCAUUUCUAAAUUUGUACUCAUGAAGUUACAGUUUGGUACAGGAAUUAUUAGGAGUAAUUCUUGUCUGCUUAUGUUCAUAAUAAAGAACACUGUAGCUACAUUUUCAGAAGUUAACAUCAAGCAGUCAAACCUGGGUACAGUGCAGAAAACAUGUGUGGCACACACUGACCAAACAUUAGGCUCUGUCACCAUUGUGUGGUGUUCCUGCUGGAAGAAUUCUAGCACGCUAUUUGGGGACAUAACUUCAGUGGGAAAUAUGCCACUUUCAGAUUUUUUUUUUUUUCCUUUUUUCGGUGGGGCUAGGACAAUUGAUUUAACGCAGUAUUUUUUUCUUUUUGCUCAGUCCUAAUUUCAACAGGUCAAAGAUGUGUUCAGGCAUUCCAGGUAACAGGUGUGUACGUAAAGUUAAAAAUAGGCUUUUUAGGAACUCACUCUUUAGAUAUUACAUCCAGCUUCUCAUGUUAAAUAUUUGUCCUUAAAGGGUUUGAGAUGUACAUCUUCCAUUUUGUAUUUCUCAUAGGCUAUGCCGUGUGCAGAAUUGAGGUUACCAGUGUAACACUGGCCAGCGGGCCCAGCAAUCUCCAUGUGUACUCAUUACAGUCUUAUUUAACCAGGGGUCCUAACCACUAACAUUGUGACUUUGCUUUGAGACCUUUCCUCUCCUGGGUACUGAGGUGCUAUGAAGCCAAAUGACAAAGAUGCAUCACGUGUCUUAGGCUGAUGCCACUACCCAAUUUGUUUAUUUGCAAUUUGAGCCAUUUAAAGACCAAUAAACUUCCUUUUUUAAAAUGUU